UCUACUCGCCUGUUUAUUUUCAAGAUGUCGGCGCUCAUGCGUUGUUCACGUUUGUCGCAAGUUUUGACAACUUUGCGUUCAUCAGGAAGAUGUUUAAGUAUACAAUGGCAGCGAAUACAAGACAAACAACACGUAAAAAAUCAUGUGUCUGAAAAACAGCACUUAUUGAAGCCUAUAGGUUACCAAAUUGUUUCCUUCAGCACUCAUGCAACAAAAUCAACUGACAAAACUCCAGAACAAGUCACAGAGGAUACCGUACAGCAAAUUGAAGCAUCUAAAACUGAUUCAGGAAAUGUUGAACAGUCACAAAAAAUUAUUAGGAAGAGGGACUUGAUAAGUUUGAACAAAGUGGAGAUUCCACCAAAUUUUCCAGCAUCUAAAUAUUGGAAAUCUUUUAAAUUUGAGGGUGAAGUGGAUUGGAAGUUCCUGGAAAAUCAGUUGAUAAUUAUGCAGGAAAAAGCAGAUUAUGUGUCUACGUUUUUCUUUCAUAAAGUCAUGAGGGCAACUCUGCUUAAAGAUGAUUACUCUGAGGACCUUGCUAUGACUUUAUUGAACCUGACUGGACGAGCAGGUCUGAAGAUCGGACAGAAGGAGCUGCAGAAAUGGACAAAAUACCUGGACAAUAGAUUCCAUGAAAAAGAGCCUCAGCACAAUGUGCGCUACUACAACAUGGUACUGAAGAUGAUGUUGGAAAAUGGUGCAGAUUUCUCCGUGCUAGAGUUCCUAAGCAGAAUGGAAAAAUACAAUGUGGCUCCAAAUAGGGUCACCCUGGGUCGCUGCUUGAUGAAAUACGCAGAAAAAGGUGAUAUGGAGGCAGCUAAUGAGAUUCUGGAGCACAUGAAGACCACCCAGAUGCCAGUGUCCAAGAAAGUCUACGCAUCUAUUAUACAGGGACAUUUCCGCGCUGGAAACUAUGACACAGCCAUGGCCUUGUUUAGAGAUACCAAGAAUGUUGGAUUUGAGAUGGAUUCUCAUUCCUAUCACAACGCAAUCCUGGGAAACAUUCAAGCCAAUAAUUUACCUGUUGUCAAACAGUUGUUACAAGAGGCCAAGGAGACCAGUAAUGAGCUCUCAGAUGCAUCUCUAUGCAGUCUCAUAGAAAGCUCUGCAAUGUUCGACAAACCGGAAUUCUGUGACUUUUUCAUUAAAGAGCUUGCAUCUGUGAGCACCUUCCACUACCACAAGGCGUUUGAGGUCCUCAUAACUGUUCUCAGAAAAGGUUACUUUGACAUGGGCCUCAAGUUCUUCUCCAGUCUCACUGAUCCACAUCCCAAUAUUAUGAUGAACGCGAUGUGCUUCUCUAACAUGCCUGCACAUCAGGAGGCUAGAUUCCUACGGCAUUUGAAAAAGGAUAGUGAAGAGGGACAUACAAAUUUGUUCAUUGACUACAUUGGUCGAUGUUUGGAGCACUACAACUAUGGAUCGGCUAUUCAAAUGUUGCCAUAUUUGAAAGAAGAGCAUGAAAAGCUGCCUCACAUGGGUUUCUACCCGUUAGUUAUCUACUUCAAAGAUCAUGCUGCUAACUAUGCAGAAGAACUGAAGAAAAAAGUGCUGCCCCACAUGCCUGUAUCUAUGGAGAUGGUGUUCUUGCUGCAGGCGUUUUGGCCCUCAGAGGGUGGUAGUCUGUUGGAGGCACUAGAGAAGCACAGCCCACUGAGUGCAGGACAGGUCAAUGCCCUGAGGUUGGAUGAAGCACUUAAAUCAGAGGGGCCAGUGAAAGCUGCUAGCAUGUUGUCUGGCAUGGGAAACAUUGAUGAUAUACCAUACACGGUAGAACUUAACAAGAGGAGCCUUCUUGCGCAGUCACUCUCCCGCUUCACAGGUGAACCUGUAGCCAAAUGGAGGGACCAGUUAAAGUUUGCAGCCGCAUUAAAAGAGAAGGACGUCUUAAUUCCUGUUCAUUUAAUAGUGUCAAGUGCAAUGACUGCAAAGGUGGAUCCAGUGGAAAUCAAGGAUGAACUGUUAAAACUGGGUUUGAUGUUGACCCGCAUGAAUUUAGAAAAAGGUUUGGGCAAGUUUGACCAAGUUUUGACAGACGAGGAAAGGAAGAAACUUACUGAAGUGGAGAACAUUGAUUAUAGCAAGAUGAGCCUAGAGGAGUUGAAGGCGCUGGCCCUGUUCCACAAUUCCAAGGUUUCCUUCCGACAUAGCAUGCUGAUAAAGGCUGGCAUCGCUCAGGAUUUCAAGUUAGUUGGAGAGGUGUUGGAGAGGAACCUGAAUUUUGAGAAAUCAAACAAAUUCCUGGUGCAUCGAAUUCGUGCUGAGUACGCCCUCAAGUGGAAGAAUAACCCUAUGGAGGCCUUCACAAUCCUCAAGAAAUGCGCUGAUGACAUAACUGUGACCAAAGGUUUAGUCAAUACUGUACCAUACCUUGUAUUCAGACACUCGCUUGCUUGGGAGUUAUGGAGAGCUGGACAUUGUGAAGAGGCGAUAGAAACGUUUGCACUGUCUAGCAAAUCGUCACGCCUUGAUGGGGUUGAAUAUUUUCCUAAUAGAAAUAAGGACUUCAUGUGGUUUGAUCACCCUCCACAGAGCCCUGACCAGAUGUUUCGGCUAGUGUCAGCAAUGUGCAAGGCGGAUCUGUUUAAAAUCAAGUACUGGAGACAGGAUGUGCUAGACAAGCUUCUUAAAGCAAUGAACAAGAGUGACCUGACUCAGGUGCUGAAGACACUACCUGUUGCAGCGGAGCUGCUUAGCAGGACCAACCCUGAAGUAGUGGGGUGUAUCAUGGACCUAUUCAAGCCUUUCCUCAACAAGCGUGCUGACCUGAAGGCCUUGUUUGAGGAGUGCACAAAGCAUUUCGAGGAGAAGACAGCACUGGUGGCCCUUGCGGCUGUGCAUCUAGAGGUGGCAGAGCUGGUCAAGUUCCAGAAAAUCAUGCAGACACCUGGCCUGAUGCUGGACCCAAUUAUGUUAAAACAGGUGUUCCUGAGAUGGAAAGAAAACAAUCCAUCUCUGAUAGAAGAGUUUGCAGACCUAACUAAAGGACUCCCAGGCAAUGUGAGCGAUGCAAAGGACCUUUGUGAGCUGUUACACAGGUGUAAUAAGACAGAUGCAACGGAAAAAGAUGUUGAUGACUGUGUCUCAUUCUUCAAUGAGAAGUUUGGCAGCAACAUGACGGUGGUGUUGCGAGACCGAUAUACGGCCGGGGCUUACUUGUCCUUCCUAAGACAACACGGCCGCCCGCUACCCUUUGACAUGGACAUCCUUAAGAACCCCCUCAAGUUCAAACAGUCACUAAGACAGCAACAGCAACGACAAGCGAGGCGUGAACAGUUUUCUGAGACAUUAAAAGGAGAGGAUGAGGAAGGGAGUGUCCAGUUGAUAGACCUUCUCUCCACCAUCGACAAGCGUAAGAGGGCAGACCAAUAGGCGUCCACACUGCUAUCUAUGACAGCAUCUACAUAGGUGUCAUCACAGGCUUUUGUAUUGGUGGCUUUAAAGGUUUUAGUGAAGAGUUCAGAAUGUGUAUUCUGAGGACUAGAAUAAGAGAGGGCUGUAUUCAGAUGCCAUUUCAAGACUUUAUAUUAAGACUAAGGAAUAUUUUUUAUGUGUUUUUUGUAAGCUUACAGUUUAAUAUUGCAUUUGCAUUUCUCUGCUUAAAAUACAUUACCAUCUGUAUUUAGAACAUUUUAUAUUGAUUAGACAACAAUAGAACUACAUGUAUGCAUAUUUGCAAAUGACUUUAAUUGUUCUGAAGUCUUUAUCCUCAAGUGUAGGAAGUGGUUGGUGAGUGUUGAUCAAGAUCUAUGCAUGGCUUCUGUUGGUAGGAGAUAAAGGGGAAAAAAUAGCUUGUGAAUUUGUGUAAGGUUGGUCCUCUACCUAUACAUAAUUGGGGAAAAUAAAAUACCCACUGCAUAAAAUACCACAGCAAAGUUUAUAGGUGUGUUUGCUUGUAUUGGAUGGUAUUCAUUUAAAAACUUUUGGACAAAGUGAAAGUUACUGGUUUUCCCCUAUAUAAACAUUUCUACAUGAAGUAGGGGACCACCAGACUUUCAUAAUAUUCCGUAUGAUAUUGAUUCUUACUGUGCAUAUUUUGUUCUAUGUUUUACACUGUGUUUAAUUUAGUCAGAAUGUGCUGUAUUGGUAUCCUUUAUUGAAUGGUUAGUAUUUUGUAAUUGGAGCGUGUAUGUCUUAUUUUGUUUGAUGUGUAAAAAAAUAAUUUAUUGUACAGUACAAGUGAAGAAUACAUGUGUGACUUAAAAAUUUUAAUUAUGCACAUUAAAUAGGCUUUGUAUUUCAAAGCAUUUUACAGAAAAUCUAUCUUACAAUAAACUAACAUAUGUUGUCAAUUUGAUUACAUGUAUACCAAGAGCUCCAGAUAAGAGGCGUAUCUGCGUAUUUACGCAUUGAAAAAAUAUAAUAACGCAUUAAAAAUCGGCCCAGUACAUAACAAAACGCAAUACAAAUCUUGUUACGUAUUUUUAGUGUAAGUUAACAUUUGAAGCAAAAGUAAGUCAAUCAAAAUAAGGUUGUAAUAAAAAUGGCGGCCCAUCAUGUUUGUGGAUGAAAAAGGGAUGUUUUAAGCGACCAGCGGCUCCUGCAGGAAUAUUUUUAAAGAAAGUCUGUUAAUAUCGUCAUUUUAAAUUCAUUUUGUUUGCAUUUAAUAAUAUAAACAACAAAUAUUAAUAUUUCUAGAUUAAACACGCCAUUUACUUUGUCAGUUUUCUAUGGAAAUGGAAAAUACCCAUAAAUAUUUCUAAAUACCCUUAAUUGCUGAAACAAAGGAGUAAAAUACGCUUUAACAAUAAUAUCAGGGGGUUAAAUACCCUUUAGACUAAAUCCUUAUCUGGAGCUCUGUGUAUACCUAUGUACAUGCUCUGUGUAUACCUAUGUACAUGCUCUGUGUAUACCUAUAUACAUGCAUUUCUUGAAGCAUAAGAUAAUACAGAAUAUGCAGAUUUCACAAAUAAAACACUAUAUGAUCUAUGAAUAGAAUAGAGUUGACCUGUUGUUGAAUUUAUUACUUCAAGCAUAGCAUGUUAUUUCACAUUAUAAACAACAUGCUAUGUAUUUUUGUUUGUUCUUGAUGUCUUGUUUGUUUCUACUGAUGACAGUAGUCAACCUGUACUUAUCUGUGCAUUAUUAAGAACUGAAAGUAAAAUGGUUUUUGUCAGUAUGCACACUGUAUGUUUUUAGAAAACAAAUGAAGGGAAAUCUCUCUCCUGUGGGAUACAUUAUGUCUAAAAGAUAAAGUAAAAUUUGAAACUAGUAUAAAAAGAUGAGAUAAGAGUAUAAGAUUCAGAAAUUCCUUGAAUAUUAACAUGUGAUUGUUUAUUUCACAUACUAGUAGUUAUUAAAUUGUUUCUAAUUACUUUGCGAUUUUGGUAAUAAAAUGUAAAAUAUAA